GGAGCCCGAGAACAGGGAGGCGCCUUUCCUGGGCCCCGCUCGGUCGGGCUACCAUGGCGUUUGGAAAGAGUCACCGGGAUCCGUUUGCGACCUCCGUGGGCCACCUUAUAGGAGCCAGUGACUGACUGUUCUGCCAGCCCCAGCUCCCUUCUCCCUCCUCUCCCUGAUGCCUCCGUUGGGAAGCAGGUGUGGCAUUGGUGCCUAUGAUGCCAAGCAAAACAUGAUGCUCUCAAGGAACUUAGUGAGAAAAGGCUACGUUUGCGGGCGUGCAGACUGAAGACUGGGGCCAGUUCUUGCACAUUUGUGACAUAAUCAACACCGCCAGCGAUGGGCCAAAGGAUGCCGUAAAAGCUUUGAAGAAAAGGAUUUCCAAAAACUACAAUCAUAAAGAAAUCGAACUUACUUUGUCGCUUAUUGACAUGUGCAUGCAGAACUGUGGUCCAAGUUUCCAAUCUCUGAUUGUGAAGAAGGAGUUUGUUAAAGAUAGCCUAGUUAAACUGCUGCAACCCAGAUACACCUUGCCACUAAACAUUCAGAAUAGAAUUUUGAAUUUCAUUAAGACUUGGUCUCAGGGUUUCCCAGGAGGUGUGGAUGUAAGUGAGGUGAAGGACGUGUACCUUGACCUGCUUAAGAAAGGUGUUCACUUUCCUCCCUCAGAGGCAGAGGCGGACGCAGCAGAACAAGAGACUGCUCAAGUCUCAUCAAAUCCACCCACAUCUGUUCCUACUGCACCAGCUCUUUCUUCCGUAAUUGCUCCCAAGAAUUCGACUAUUACAUUGGUCCCAGAACAGAUUGGCAAGUUGCACAGUGAGCUGGACAUGGUGAAGAUGAAUGUGAAAGUGAUGUCCGCCAUCCUGAUGGAGAAUAUUCCAGGCUCUGAGAACCCUGAAGACAUGGAGCUUCUGCAGAAACUUUACAAGACGGGUCGGGAGAUGCAGGAGCGAAUCAUGGACCUGCUCGUGGUGGUGGAGAAUGAAGACGUAACUAUUGAGCUCAUUCAAGUGAAUGAGGAUCUGAAUAAUGCCAUCCUUGGCUAUGAGAGGUUUACUCGAAACCAACAAAGGAUUUUGGAGCAAAAUAAUCAGAGAGAAGACACCAAUGCCGCAACGGAACCUUCUGCCCCAUCCUGUGAUCUUCUUGACCUAAGUCCCAGCACUCCGAAUCAUAGGGCUACUCUGGAAGAGGUCAAUGCCAUGAAUGCUCAGCUUUCACACUUAAGUUUCAGCUCUCCAACUCCUGUGAUAAUGAACAGCUUGCAGCCCAGUCCUCGCCCACAAAUGGAUCUGCUAGCCUUGGAAAACACAGACACAGCCAUGUUUGCCCAAAGGACCAGCCAAAACCCCGACUCAAGUCACACAUACGAGAGUCUUCCAGUAUAUCAAAAUUCAGAGUUACUACAGCCGGUGAGUCUACACACCAUUUCAGCCACACCGUCAAACCAGACACUGCCAGCCUUGCCUGCCAACCACCCAGAGCUAUUUAUGAAGAAAUUGAUGUUCAUCACCGCAAAGGCACUCAAAAUCAUAGUGACUGUUAAGGUGAAAAGGAAGGACCAGCUCACUAGCUGCAUUAGGGGUAACAACUCCCCAAGAGGUAAACUGUCCAGCUGUGAGGCCCAGAAGACAAGAUCUACCAACACUUUAAAACCAGGGUGGAACACUUCUCCUUGGCAACAGUGAAAUUUAAAUAGAAGAGUAACAGUUCAAGUUUUAUCUCAAAAAAACUUGCUUUUAACAUUUUUCACUUAAAACCCCAACAGAAGAAAAAAUUCAUUGUACUGGGGCCAAUCAGGUUAAUUGGAGCAUCUUAUGUUUCUCAGGCGUUCCUACAUUUAGAAAUCGUCACAUGGCUGUGAUGAGAAUAGAUGGAUAUUAUUUUGUUACAAAAUAAUUCUGAAUUCAUGUAAGCACAAAAUGUAAGAAACUAAAUAUAGUAUUCAGGAGAAUAGUGAGUGCCUUCAUUUAACUAAAGCCGAAUAUGUGCACUUUUUUAUAAAUAAUAUUCUUGUUUAGAAUUAUGAAUUGUAAAAACCUUAAUAUUGUAGUUCCUAUUUCAUGUAUCCUGAAGAGGUCACAGGAUGCUACAUCAAGUUGCCUUUAAAUACAAUUCUUUAUAAUACUAAA